AUGCCAUCGAUUGUGCAGUCUGUUUCCGACAAAACAAUGGAAAUACAGAGUGCUUCACUCAAUGAAAAGGAUUUGAGCAAUCAAAUGCAUCACUUCAAGCUCCAGGAGUACCAGACAAACUCAGAGGAACUUUUGUAUGAAACAUGCACCUCAGAUGAGACAGACAAUAGCAGUAUACUCAAACAAAGCUUACCGUCUGCGAUCACUGAACUCGUUAAAUCUUAG